UCAGCACUGGGUCAGAAGUCAUAGUGGAGUGGAGCAGAUGGCCGCGCGGCUGCGGCCUGGGCUGGACGGGGCAGGACGGGUGUUUAGCUUUCAGAACUUUUAAAAAUGAUUCGUGAUUUGUUCGACCUAGAAGUGUUCAAGUAGCAAGUAGCAUUUGACAGCUGCGCGUCAGUGUUCGUUCCGCGUGUCAGGCGGAAGCGCGCCUCCGGCGUGUGCGCUUUGAUUUGGCUGAACUGUGCCACUUAUUCCUCCGAGUGUUGUGGCGAGGCGGAGACGCGCUGCGCUCACCUCCGGUGUCGAGCGACGAACUGGGGCCUGUUGUGUUCACUGGAGAUCUUAUGCUUCGUGUUCUCGACGUUCAUGUCGGGAAAGCGGGGCACGUGUGCGGCCGAGGUGGCGCGACAGGACCGGUCGGUCCGGUUCGCGGCUCAGGUUCUCGUCUGCGCAUUUCUCCGUCGACGAGCAACAACGCCUCCACUUCGCGGAGUGUCCGCGAACGCGCAUUGGCGAAGGCGCGUUCGACAUGAGCCCGAGUCGAGCGGCAAAGUCGCGAAAGACUUUUCACAUUUCUUAAAGAACAAUUAAAGUGCGGGGCAGUCGAGGACACCAGAGUCCCCCCCCCCCAAAUCCUCUCAAACUCGGCCGGACCUGCGCCGGCCUGCUCGCUGGCUCGCGGCCGAAGUUGCGCAGCGAAGCAACUAAUCACUUCACUAUAUCACAUCCGACCAGGGCUCCGUUCAGUCCCGACGUCCGCGGCUCGCACACGACCGGAGGGGCCGGGGGCCGGGGGGCCGGGGCCAGUGGGAGCCGUGUUCAUGGGUUAAACGGGACGGGUUCGUGCUUACGCGAGGGGAACAGGAAACCUCGCUGUGUACUGGCAACCUAAUCUGCGCAGCCAGGACGGAAUGUGCUCGACGUCGAACACGUUUACAACUGCAGGCUGCAGGCUGCCAGCGCCUGGCCCGCUGCCUCUCAGGCAGGCGGCUGGAAAAACGGACAGACUCCACUCGCUCCGUCAGCCCUGCACCGCUGCGGUAGUUUUCACAGUAGUUCGUAAAUAAACAAAUAAAUACAUUUUAAUCGGGGUUUUUUUGUAUUUGUUGUGAACCGCAAAAUUGAUGAUAAACUUUGUCCCGAGUUUUUAAAUAACUCGCUUGGAGAAAAAAAAGCCAUAUUGUUCAAAAAACAAAUAGAGACGCGAGGCACGACUCUGUCAGCACCCUCUUCCCUUUCUGCUGGCGGUGGCGCCACCUUGUGACCGAACACGGUCAAGACACUUUGGGUUUCAAAAACCUGUUGCUGUUCGACCCUGACGACAGGAGGAGGAGGCUUGUUGUAGAGAAGCACAUGAGCUGGUGACCUAUUAAUAAUAAGAAUCUAGUGUAUUGCGACAGCAUGGCCACGACUGCAGAUGGCUGUAUUCAAUUCACGCGACAUGCAGGCGACGUCCUGCUCAACUUUAACCGCCUCCGCAGCAGGAACCUCCUGACCGAUGUCACCAUACAGGUGGACGGGCAGCAUUUCCGCGCUCACAAGGCCAUCUUGGUGGCCUGCAGUGGCCUCUUUUAUUCCGUGUUCAUGGACACAGACAAUGCAGACCUCGGAGCCAUCAGCUUAGACCCCAAAGUGGACCCCAUGGGUUUCUCCAUCCUGCUGGAUUUCAUGUACACGUCCUGUCUUAACCUUAAGGACAGUUUGGUUCUGGUCACCAUGAACACAGCCAUCUAUCUACAGAUGGAACACGUGGUCGACACCUGCCACAGGUUCAUCAAGUCCAGGCAUCAGUCUCAGAACAUGCAGACGAGUGAGGUACACACCAACUCACCCCAUCUUGCUGAGGAGAUCCCUGCUGUGACGCCCGUCGCUGAUAAAGAAUCAGACUUUAGGUACAACCACACGUCAACCACAUCCCCUCUCCAGGAGUGCCAGGGCAGCAUCCCCAAUGUUUUCAGGGGUAUCAACACAUCUGGCUCCUAUCAUGUCUACGGAGACGUUCAUGUCCCUGCUGGGAAGCUGGAAGGCUCCCUCCCCAGAGGUGGGUCUUUGCCCCAAAAACGAUGCUCGCAGGUACCCAUCACCAACAUGGCUCACAGUGGCUCCACCACCAUCAUCUCCCACUUGGUGCCAUCACACCCCGGUUGCCCCGCCUCUAUCAUCCAACCAGCAGGAGUCCAUGGGAGCCAUCACGGACCUGCUGCUCCCAUGGAGGAGGAAAACAUCCAGCACCCGCCAACCAGCUUCCUGAGGUUGUGUCCGGGCUUCAGCAAAGGCGUGAUUUGUAGUCCUCAAAGCCCGCUCAGAUCUGACUGCCAGCCGAACUCGCCCACCGAGUCGAGCAGCAGCAGAAAUGCAGCCCUGAGCCUCAAACAGACCCCAGACUGCCCGAAAGACACCAAGGCGCGCAACUGGAAGAAGUACAAGUUCAUUGUCAUGAAUCAAACCCCCGACGAAAAUGACAAAGAGUCUCAGGGAGGCAACGCAGAAGCCACAUCCAUGCCCCCUAUGCCGAGCCCCUGCAGGAGUGUCGGAGCAGGCGGGGACAGCGGGGUCCAGUCAGACGAGGGGGCCAGCGAACACAGAGAAGACAGCCCCCAGUCUCAGUGUGUUGACAGCUGCAUCAGCAGUACCUGCAGCAGCAUCAGCCACCGCAGAUGCUCCUCCUGUGGCUGUGACAGCCCUCAGGGCACUGAGAUGGGUCACCUUUCUCCUGACUCAUACAGCAGAGACGACACUACCAAACUACACUUAGAGUUCUCCCCCUCCAGCUGUGAAAACAACACCUACUUCUGCAACGGUUGUGACUUCAAGUUCACAGAUGAAGAUUCCCUCAGAGACCACAUGGUGCAGGUCCACAGUGACAAGCCAUACAAGUGUGACUGCUGCCAGGCAGCAUUCCGCUACAAAGGCAACCUGGCCAGCCACAAGACCGUUCAUACUGGAGCCAAACCGUACCACUGCAACAUCUGUGGUGCUCAGUUUAACCGACCAGCCAACCUCAAAACUCAUACCCGGAUCCACUCGGGAGAAAAGCCAUACAAGUGUGAGACGUGCGGUUCCCGAUUUGUCCAGGUGGCCCACCUUCGUGCCCAUGUGUUAAUCCACACAGGAGAGAAGCCGUACCCUUGUGAGAUCUGUGGAACACACUUCCGCCACCUUCAGACGCUCAAGAGCCACAUGCGCAUUCACACCGGAGAGAAGCCUUAUCAUUGUGAAAAAUGUGACCUCCACUUCAGACACAAGAGUCAGCUGAGGCUUCACCUCCGGCAGAAGCACGGUGCGGUCACAAACACCAAGGCUCAGUAUCGCAGGACUCCCAGCAACAUGGUGAACUCCUGCUGAGCCUGCUACUGUCCUCCGAUGUCUUUUUAUUCAUGUUUUUGCAUUGGCCACCAUGUUGUCACGGGAUGUUUUUUUCUUUUUCUAAAUACAGAUAAACAUGGAUACAUAUAUAUGCAUUUGUAAAUGAUGCACAACACUUGGUGUAAGCUCUUCAGUAUUUGGUAGCUCUUGGUGUAAGAUUGUAGAAGUUCAUGCUUCCGUUGUGAAUGUGUAACAACAGAAUACACAUUUUGAAUGUGAAUCUGAGCAGGAUUUUCUGUAUUUUGCAAAUCACUUAAGUGAAUGUCAGCCUUGAAGGACAGUCCUCUCCCUCACUGGGAUUGAGAAUCACUGUUACAGUUUUGCUUUUGAUUAUUGGUAUGAAUUUCCCCCGAUAAUGUGGUCACAGUUUAUGCAGUUAUUUUCAUUAGUCUAUUUUUGUAAAUAAGAUAAUAUAUAUUUCCAGAUUGCCAUCUGCUGGCAGAGUACAAGUAUAUUUAUGUUAUGUUUGUUCGUGUCACGCACAGUGAGCCUCACUGAUCGUCAAUAUCACAAGGGCUUGUUAUUUUGCAAUUUAUAAAAUUGCAAUGUGCAUAUUUUUCCCCCAAUCAUUUCUAGGCUCUUGUUCGUAUUUUGCACAUAACCAUAAUGCUGUGAUCCAUAUAUUUUCAUACUUUUCAUAUAUUUCUACUUAAAAUGUUUUGGACCUGUUGAAAAUGUCCAGCACCUGCUAAAUUCUUAUUUAUAGUCUGUUUUUUUUCAUUUUGGUGCUGCAGUGAUCCAGUGUCGCCAAGGGAUCAUUAAAGAUUGUAUUUUAACCAACCUUAUGUAUUAUAGUGCACUUAUAUGUAUCAGUGUAUUCAUAGUGUCUUACGUUCACACUUUUCUUUUGUCAGACUAACCAUUAAUGCAUUUUCAGUUUGGUAAUACAGAAGCCUCGGUAGAUAUAAGCUGCUUUUUUGAUGCAUUUGCCAUUUUGCAUUUGGUACUUUGCCCUGUUGUUAUUUGUAUGCAUGUCAGGUACUGUUGUUAUGAAAUCUGUUGUACAUAGCUCAUAAGAUACAGAUACACCAGGCCUCAAGCUAAAAUGCUCAGGAAUAUUAGUAAUAUGUCAGCAAGUGUCUUUGCAACUGCUAAUUGUAUAAUAAGAAUAUAUACAUAUAUAUGUAUAUAUGAAAUGAAAAUAAAAUGUAUAUUAUGUAGAACACAGCA